AUGUCGUACUGUACCAAAGAGAGAGCUUGUUCAGAUUUGGCAAAGCCUCCAGUAAAUGAACCGAGGGAACCAGAACAGUUUCUAAUGCAGGCGCCCCAGGGAAAUCCACUGCUGCUUUCCCACACCCUACAAGAGCUAUUGAGCAAGGAUAGUGUGCAGGUGGAGCUUAUACCUGAGAAGAAGGGGCUUUUUCUGAAACAUGUGGAAUACGAGGUUUCCAGCAAGAGAUUCAAAUGCUCAGUCUACAGGCGAUAUAAUGAUUUUGUGGUGUUCCAUGAGAUGCUGCUUCAGAAGUUCCCAUAUCGUAUGGUGCCAGCACUUCCACCAAAGAGGAUGCUGGGAGCUGAUCGAGAAUUCAUAGAAUCUAGGAGGAGAGCACUGAAGCGUUUUAUAAACCUGGUGGCUCGACAUCCCCCUUUCUCGGAAGAUGUGCUCUUGAAACUCUUCCUGUCGUUCAGUGGCUCAGAUGUACAGAAUAAGCUAAGAGAGUUGGUCCAGGGAGUAGGAGAUGAAUUUAUGACCUGCAGAUUAGCUACCCAGGCCAAGGACUUCCUUCCAGCUGACAUACAGGCCCAGUUUGCUGCCAGCAGGGAGCUCAUCAGAAAUAUUUAUAAUAGCUUUUAUAAGCUUCGGGACCGUGCAGAGAGGAUAGCUUCUCGAGCCAUUGAUAAUGCCUCAGAUCUCCUCAUAUUUGGAAAGGAGCUAAGUGCUUUGGGCUCAGACACUACACCGCUUCCUUCCUGGGCUGCUUUGAAUAAUAGCACAUGGGGGACUCUGAAACAAGCCUUGAAGGGUCUGUCAGUUGAAUUUGCACUUCUGGCAGAUAAGGCUGUGCAGCAGGGUAAACAGGAAGAGAAUGAUGUGGUGGAGAAGCUGAACCUUUUCCUGGAUUUACUCCAGUCCUAUAAAGACCUGUGUGAAAGACAUGAGAAGGGAGUAUUGCACAAGCACCAGCGAGCAUUGCAUAAGUACAGCAUGAUGAAGAAGCAGAUGAUGAGUGCCACUGUGCAGAACAAAGAACCGGAAUCGGUGGAGCAAUUGGAGUCUCGGAUUGUGGAGCAAGAAAAUGCUAUCCUAACCAUGGAGCUGCGGAAUUACUUCUCUCUGUAUUGCCUGCAUCAGGAGACACAGCUUAUCCACAUCUAUCUGCCUCUCACGUCUCACAUUUUGGGGGCCUUUGUCAACUCCCAGAUCCAGGGUCACAAAGAGAUGAGUAAAGUUUGGAAUGAAUUGAAGCCGAAGUUGAGCUGCCUUUUUGUGGGAUCUAGCAAUAUGCCAACUCCACCAUUGUCACCUCCAGAGGGAAACUUCUUCUCCAAUUAAUGCCCUGAGCAUCUAGCAUGGAGCAAGAAGUGCAAUCAAGGAAGGGGUGGGACCUCUACCUCCAGAUGUUAGAAUGAAUCCUCCAAA